AUGAUUUUCUUAUUUGGAAAGUAUGUAUCUAUCUAUUGUAACAUAUCUAUCUAUUUUGACUAUCUAUCUAUCUAUCUAUCUAUUACUAUUCUUCUUUAUUUAUCUAUCUAUCAAUCUUCUUUGAGUUUAUUCAUCCAUUCUUUUCAGGUGUUUAUUAAAUAUCUAUCUAUCUAUCUCAUCUAUCUAUACUCACAACAUAGAAUUUAUUCUCCAUUCUUUUCUAUCUCUCUAUCUAUUUUCUUUUCUAAAUCUGUCUAUCUAUCUUUCUUAUUUGACUAUCAUAUCUAUACAUCCAACAUACAAACCGUUCUAUCAUCAUCCAUCUAUCCAUCCAUCUAUCUAUCUAUCUUAUCUGUUUAUCUUAUCUUUCAAGUUUAUUCAUCAUUUAAAUGUCUUUCUAUCAACAUCCAUCUAUCCAUUCUCCAUUCAUUUUUUUCUAUUCUCAUCUUCUUGUGUCUCUCUGCCAAUGUACAAGCAUGCUCAUCAGAUUACUCACAACAGGAUUCUCAUUCUUUUCAGGUGUCUCUCUGA